GGUAUUUCCAUCCUCUCCAGCUCCAGCGCAGAGGAUAACACCAGGUAGUUGGAAAGAGAUCGGAGACAAGUGUGGGAAGCUGUGGAGGACAUAAACUUUCCCCCUGAUCUUGCAGCUAAGUAGCACUUCCAAGAUGAUGAGUUACUAUAUGGACACAACCAUCGGCAACCCAGCCCCUUACCCUUUACCUCGCCCUGGAGUGAUGAAGCAAGGUGCUUCCGGCCCCUGUGAUGAUCCUUGGGUGACCUGUGGCUUUCAGUCCACCUGCUGCCAGCCCAGGAUGUGCUGCCCGCUCUGGGAUGAACCUGCCACACAAGAGGUGCCCACCGGCCUGGAGCACUACAGCACAGAUAUGGAAUGUGCGGAUGUGCCUUUAUUAACUCCCAGCAGCAAAGAAAUGAUGUCUCAGGCCUUGAAAGCCACCUUCAGCGGCUUCGCCAAAGAGCAGCAGCGGCUGGGUAUCCCCAAAGAUCCCCAGCAGUGGACAGAGACGCACGUGCGGGACUGGGUGAUGUGGGCAGUGAAUGAGUUCAGCCUGAAGGGAGUGGAUUUCCAGAAGUUCUGCAUGAACGGAGCUGCCCUCUGUGCCCUGGGCAAGGAAUGCUUCCUGGAGCUAGCGCCUGACUUUGUGGGAGACAUCCUUUGGGAACAUCUGGAGAUCCUGCAGAAAGAAGAGGUAAAACCAUACCCAGCAAACGGAGUGAACACAGCGUACCCAGAGUCCCGCUAUACUUCAGACUACUUAAUUAGCUAUGGCAUUGAGCAUGCACAGUGUGUGCCUCCCUCUGAGUUCUCCGAGCCCAGCUUCAUCACAGAGUCCUACCAGACCCUCCAUCCCAUCAGCUCGGAAGAGCUCCUGUCCCUCAAGUACGAGAACGACUAUCCCUCGGUCAUCCUGCGUGACCCAGUGCAGACGGAUUCCCUGCAGACAGACUACUUCACGAUCAAGCAAGAAGUGGUUACGCCAGACAACAUGUGCAUGGGACGUGCCAGUCGAGGAAAACUCGGUGGCCAGGACUCCUUUGAGAGCAUAGAGAGCUACGACAGCUGUGACCGCCUGACACAGUCCUGGAGCAGCCAGUCCUCCUUCCAGAGCCUGCAGCGUGUCCCUUCCUACGACAGCUUCGACUCAGAGGACUACCCCGCCACCCUGUCCAAUCACAAGCCCAAGGGCACCUUCAAGGACUAUGUUCGGGAUCGGGCCGAUAUGAACAAGGACAAGCCUGUCAUUCCUGCUGCUGCCCUUGCUGGCUACACAGGCAGUGGACCCAUCCAACUGUGGCAAUUCCUGCUGGAGCUGCUCACUGACAAGUCCUGUCAGUCCUUCAUCAGCUGGACGGGUGAUGGCUGGGAAUUCAAACUUUCCGACCCAGAUGAGGUGGCCAGGCGAUGGGGCAAGAGGAAAAACAAGCCCAAGAUGAACUACGAGAAGCUGAGCCGCGGCUUGCGCUACUACUACGACAAGAACAUCAUCCACAAGACGGCUGGGAAACGCUACGUCUACCGCUUCGUCUGCGACCUGCAGAGCCUGCUGGGCUACACACCCGAGGAGCUCCACGCCAUGCUGGACGUCAAGCCAGAUGCUGAUGAGUGAAGGUGGCCGGCCGGGGUGGAGGGUCACCCCGUGUCAUUUUGAAGAGUCGAUGGGACUUUUUCUGUUGGUUCUUUUUUUCUUAUUUUUGCUGUUCUUUUGGUCAUUUGUUAAUUUGUUUUUGUUGUUUUUUAAAGAGCGACUCAGAUUUGAUGCUUUGAGGAUGUUGGGAGAGAGGGAGGCGGAAGAGGCAAACUGUGUUUCGUUUGGAGAAGGUUGAGCUUUUUCCUCCCCCUGAAAGCUCCAAGAAAGGCUUUUUUUUUGGGGGAAAUUCUGAGUUUUAAGAAAGCCAGAAAAAAUGUAGCUCACUUAAAAACCCCAACAAACCCCUCCUCCAUCCCUUGCUGUUUAGAAAAAACAUUAUCAAAUGGAUCCCUUUGGAUUUUGUGUUACUCGCACGCAGGCAGUUCAGGAAACUAUAGUAUUCCCAAGCAUUUGAAUCUCUCUGAAGGUGGGGAGGGAAAACCAAAGUGGGUGACUAUUCCUGCUUUGGGGAGGGGCAAUAUGGGAAAACCCCAAGAGCUCUUUGUCGUUCUUGGCCAUCACCUUUCUGUUGGUUGUCUGCUUUUCUACAAAUGACAGAAUUUUUGCUAGGAGGGAUCAAGACUUUUUUUUUUUGUUUUAAGAAAUCUGUUAAAAUUUUUAUUUUAUUAAAUUUUGUGCCAGUAUUUUUUUUUCUUUUUAAAUAGUCUUAAGCUCUAAGAUGGUCUCAGUAUUGCAAUAUUGUGUGUGUUUGUUUCUGUUAUGCCAGCAGAGAGUUUUAUCACGGUGAGGAAAAGGUUAAAGAUGAAAAUAGGAGUUUAUGUAGACCCCACUGGAGGAGUGGAGCGCUAUGACCCAGCAUCUCCGCAUCGUAUGUGAAGGAAAAUGAGCUCCAAACUGGCUCCUAGUGAUGCAUGCGGGAUGUGCUGCUCUCACCUCCAGCCCCACAUGCUUUGCUCUGCCACUUGCUGAUAAAGCUGGUUGAAAUGCCCACUUUUGGGAUUGUUUCUCAAAGAGGCUUUUUUGUAUGGCUGGUUUUGGGCACAAAACCAAGCCAGAUUAGCAGGGAAAACGUCUUCUUUGUGUUUUCCAAAUCUUUCUCUUUUUUUGCUCAAGGAACACCUUGGUGCUUUCAAAACACUUGAUUUGUUCUUUUUUGGAGGGUAAAAUGGAAAAAAUUCCCUUGUUUUCGAUGUCGUAAAUGGAAAAUGUAUCUGUUGAUUUGAGGCAUAAAAAUCAGGAAAAAGUUGGAAAAACAAAGUUUUCCUUCCUGUUUCAACCAGCUUUUAUCUUUAUUGCUGUAUGUGACACUGGCACAGGCUGCCCAGAGAAAGCUGUGGCUGCCCCAUCCCUGGCAGUGUUCAAGGCCAGGUUGGACACAGGGGCUUGGAGCAAGCUGCUCUAGUGGAAGGAGUCCCUGCCCAUGGCAGGGGGUUGAAACUGGAUGAGCUCUAAGGUCCUUUCCAACCUAAACCAGUCUGGGAUUCUAUGAUUCUGUGUCUUAACCAGCCUGGCACAUGCAGAAAGGAAAUUGUCCGUACAAAUAGGUUCUUUACUGCUCUUUGGAAGCCUGAUCCUGCAGCCCCUGGCAGGGUGUGAUGAACAUGAACUGGUGUCAUUGGGGUGAAUGAUGAGAAGUGCACCAAGCACUUCCUGGGAUGAUGCUGAUUGCUGUCAGCGGGGGCUAGAUGUGAGUUAGGGGAUCAGGCAGUGAGCUUUUCCAUAUCCAUAUACAACCCUGGAGCUGGAUUCGUGUGGAUCUGGCUGCCAAAUGGGAUCUUUCUCCCUUGAGAGCCACUGGGCAUUUUCUUUUUAAAGACAGUAUUAAGUGUUUGAACCAAAAGUACCUUCUUUAUGUGUUGUCUGUCUGUCUGUGUGUUUUAGGGAGUUGUUCAUUAUGGAGGCACUGUGAGAGGGAAGCUGGGGGCGAGGUGGGGAAAGGCUUCCCAGAGAUGCUCAUUGGGAUAUGCCUGCCGGAUACAGGCUGAUGCAUCAGCUUGGCAGGAAACGACCCUGCCUGCAAAGAGACACAAUACACAGGCACCUAAACCCUCUGUACAGAGGGACACUGUUGGAUGAGGAUUUUAAUCACAAGGAGAUGCUUAGAGGGAUACCUCUAUAUCCCCAGUUGGCCAUUUUGGGGCAAGUCAUCCCCAAAACUGCUGCAUGCUUAUAAAAAAGGUAAUGGUGGAGGGAAAAUGAGUGGGCCACAAAGGAGCUCCAGCCCAGGGAGAUGGAAGAAGGUGGUAGUUUAGGUAAGGGAGGCUAUUAGUUAUGCCGUUAGCUGAUGGAACUGUACAUUGUCCCACUGAGCAUAGGGAAAGAAAAGGGUUGGCUGGAUAGAAAGGAAGGAAAAGGGGAUGAAGGGAAGGUGAAAGAAGCAUGCACCAAAGGAGCGAAGAAAUGAUGGCCACUGGGAAAUCAGUCUCUGUCAGGCAGGAUGGGAGAAAGCAGCUUGGUGAAGCUGGAGAGAAGGAAGGAAGGAAAAUCAGUAUCAUGGAUGAGGCCCUGAGCAGAGCUCUGCUGCAGAGCCAGGGCUGAAAAGGGAGUCAAACAGAUGUGGCAGCAUGGCAACGUGGAGGGGAGGAGUAGUGCAAAGGCAUCCCAACAGGACACACUGUAUGGAUUUUCAGCCAUCAGAUGGGGGUUUGUAAGUGUCCUGUUGCUGUCCUUCAUGCAGCUGCACAGUGCCCUUAGCUUACCCUUCCCAGUGCUUUGAAAGAGCCUCCAAGACCCUUAGAAAGGGGCUGUCUCCUGCCCUUGGCACUAUGCUGCUUCCCAGGACAUGCCUCCUGCCUUGCUUGGCUGCUCUGCUGCAGCUGAAGUGCCUUUUCCAAGCAGAAAACAGGGAUAAAACUUCCUUCCAAUAGGGAUUUGGGUACCAACCCCAUCCUCCUGCCAGGCUAAAUCUCUCUUCCACUCCACUGUGCUCAGAUUUUCCAGGUUUCCAAGCUGAACCUGUGUGCUGCCAGUAUUUUGGGGCAGCUGAUAGAGAGGUUAGAAAGGGUGAAGUAUGGAAAGCAGAUCUGUUUUCUUGGGAGUAGCUCCUGGUGCUUCUCCCAGCCUUUUGGCAUCCCAGCUCACAGGCUGUGUGCAGCAAAAGGGCAGUACAGUCCUAGGGACGUCAGGUUCAUCAUUUCCUAUUUUCCUUUGCUUUUUAUUCCCAUUCUAGAGACCAUCCCAGAGAGGGCUGUGUGCUGUUUAUACACUGGAACUUUGCAGAUUUGUUGCUGUUUCUGUUUUAUUUGUAUCUUUCUGCUUUUUGGCUUUUGGUAAGGGGUGUGCUCAACCAGAUGUGCUGGACCCCAAACCCUCUGACCUCCUGUUCCUCAAGGCCGUGAAGAGUCGGUUAAUCCACUCACACAUGCUGGACCAGAUGGGUUUGAGAGGGACGAUGGAGAUCUGCUGGGGACACGGCUUACUCCUGUGCUGGUUUCUGUGCAUGGGAUUAAGUUUCACCCUCAGCAGAUACACAUGGCUUUUGGAAUUGGGUAACUAUAUCUUGUUUUGGAAUGUCUCAGGUGCUUUUGGUGGGAAAAACAGCCAAACAGGGCAAGAAAUAGAAGAUACUGUACGACUGAACCUUCUCACAGCUUCCCAAACCAACCUCCUCCAAAAGAAUGGUCCCAGGAAGCACCCGUAUUUGGAUGCUGUGGGAAACGUGUCCAUCUUCUUGUGUUUGCUUUCCUGGAGGGGUUUUCUGCAAGGCUUUAGUUGCUUGUUCCUUUUUAAUGUCACAAUUGGGAUGCCUUGGCGUGCUCUGCUCUCUGGUAGGGUCUAUGUAACAUCCGUGAGCUGUUGUCUACAUUCCAAAGAGGUUUAAAUAAAUGAUAAAUCUAUGUAUACAUAUAUGUUGUAAUGGAAUAUCUCCAGGAAUUAUCUGCCUCAGUAGAAAAAGAGAAAAAAAAUAAAAAGUGGGUGUUCUUUUUUUCUUUUUUUUUUUGGUUUAAUUUUGUUUUUACACAUGGGAUUUUCUUUUUAAGCUGAUAGAAGAAGAAAAAGAAGAGAUUGUUAUAUUGUGCUGUUCAACUAUUUUCCAACUUGUAUUUUCAUAUAAUUUAUAUUUUUUAAAAGUGGAAAAAAAAAGUUUAAAAGCCAGAUUAAAAAAAAAAUAGAUAAAAACCAAGGAAAAAGCAGGUGCUUUUUAAAACAAACUGAGCUGAGGUAGCUUAGAGAUGUAGCGGUGUGUGUGUGUGUGUGUGUGUGUGUCCGUGCGUUGUGUUGUGUUCUGUUUCGUUUUUUUAAAGGAUGCAAAAAGAAGUCCCUCCUCCAUUGAACCCUUAAAGAAGGAGGGGAUUGGUUUUGUUUUAAUUGCUGAUGCUGGCACAUCAUUUUGCUGGAGAGUUUUUUAUAUACUGUAGCCUUAUUUCAUAUCGUAUUUUAAACCAUGUGAAAUUAAAAAGAAGAAUAAUUCCUAA